AGGCUGUUGUGGAAAGCUGUGGGUUUCUAUGGUAACUGGUUUUUUGUUAACUGCAGAUUACUGCAUUCAUACAAGGAGCAUGACCUGGGUUGGACUGUUGGGUUGUUUGGUUUAUAUGUGCCUCUAGGGAUCAAGGCCAGGCUCUUGCACAUGCUGCACUGAUUCUCUGCCACUCUACAAAUGGAUAAACUGAGCCUGCAGGCUGUGCCCUGGUGGCCCAUGUUCCAUAGCUAGUGCACUAGUAGAGCUGGGGUUACCUCACCUAAGACCAAGCUUCAUUUUUUUUUCUCCUUGUCAUGGAAUGGGACAAGUCUUAACCAAGCAUGAUGUCGCUUCUCCUGCCUCCAUUCUCCAUGGGCACCAUGCUUAGUGUUGUCUCAGUGAGUGGCCAUGUCCUGGCAGUUUGAGCUGAGCAGGGGAAGUCCAAACAUUCUCUAAGGGACCAAGGUGCACUGCAUGUGACAAACUACUUUGCCUUGAACACCAUGUCCCCAUGGAGCAGGUCCCAGUCGUUCCAAAGUGACGUAGGUAAUGCAGGGAGGCUGACGAGUCCUGGUCACCGUGCCUACACUGCAGGCUGCACCUGAACAGGCAUGUAGUUCCCGGGGAGCCCAAGCUUCUUGUGGUCUGGGAAGCCGUAGAAGAUGGGGCAUCGGCUCCUAGGGCAAGCAUCUGAGGAAAGAGUUGGGAUUCUAGGAAAAGGACUGCUGGGAGUCAAACCUGAGUCCUUUGGAAGAGUAACUACGGACUGAGAUGUCUCUCCAGCCCACAACUUUAUUAUUUGUUUGUUUGUAUGUUUUGUUUGGUUUUUUGAGACAGGGUUUCUCUGUGUAGUCCUGGCUAUCCUGGAACUCACUCUGUAGACCAGACUGGCUUCAAACUCAGAGGUCCACCUGCCUUGUGCCUCCUGAGUGCUGGGAUUAAAGGUUCAUACCACCACUGCCAGGCAAAAGAACUGUGUGUGGGACUCAAGUCCCUGGCUUGGAGCCAUAUUCUGGCCUAGGCUGCCUCCCCUUCUCUGCCCCUGGAGGGGAAGUCUACAGUGCCUGUGGAUCUGGGAGGCAUGUUGAGGAGUACAGCAGCCAUCUCAGUGCACCUGGCAUGUCCACUCUGGGGAAGGAAGGCUGGAGCCUCACUCGCUCGGUGUUUGCACCAGUCUCUCACCAUGGCCAAACAGCUGCAGGCUCGAAGGCUGGACGGGAUCGAUCGCAACCCCUGGGUGGAGUUUAUAAAACUCUCCAAGGAGUAUGAUGCUGUGAACUUGGGCCAGGGCUUCCCUGACUUCUCACCUCCGGACUUUGCUGUGCAAGCUUUUCAGCAGGCCACCAGUGGGGACUUCAUGCUCAACCAGUACACCAUGGCAUUUGGCUAUCCACCACUGACAAAGAUCCUGGCAAGUUUCUUUGGCAAGCUGCUGGGACAAGAGUUGGACCCACUCAAGAAUGUGCUGGUGACAGUGGGUGCCUACGGGGCUUUGUUCUCAGCCUUUCAGGCCCUGGUGGAUGAAGGAGAUGAGGUCAUCAUCAUAGAACCUGCUUUUGAUUGUUAUGAACCCAUGACACUGAUGGCUGGAGGUCACCCCGUGUUUGUGCCCCUCAGGCAGAGCCCUGCUCCUAAGGGACAACUAGAAUCCAGCAAUGACUGGCAACUGGACCCCACAGAACUGGCCAGCAAGUUCACACCUCGCACCAAGGCCCUGGUCCUCAACACACCUAACAACCCUUUGGGAAAGGUGUUCUCUAAGAUGGAGCUGGAGCUGGUGGCUGAUCUGUGCCAGCAGCAUGAUGUCCUGUGCAUCUCUGAUGAGGUCUACCAGUGGCUGGUCUAUGAUGGGCACCAGCACGUCAGCAUCGCCAGCCUCCCUAACAUGUGGGGACGGACCCUGACCAUCGGAAGUGCAGGCAAAACCUUCAGUGCUACGGGCUGGAAGGUGGGCUGGGUUAUGGGUCCAGAUCACAUCAUGAAGCACCUGCGGACUGUGCACCAGAACUCUAUCUUCCACUGCCCCACCCAGGCCCAGGCCGCAGUAGCCCAGUGCUUUGAGCAGGAACAGCAACACUUCGGACAACCCAGCAGCUACUUUUUGCAGCUCCCACAGGCCAUGCAGUUAAACCGAGACCACAUGAUCCGUAGCCUGCAGUCUGUGGGCCUCAAGCCCUUAAUCCCCCAGGGCAGCUACUUCCUCGUUGCAGACAUCUCAGACUUCAAGAGCAAGAUGCCUGACCUGCCUGGAGCUGUGGAUGAGCCCUAUGACAGACGCUUUGUCAAGUGGAUGAUCAAAAACAAGGGCCUGGUGGCCAUCCCUGCCUCCAUCUUCUUCAGUCAACCUCAUCAGAAGGAAUUUGACCACUACGUCCGAUUUUGUUUUGUGAAGGAUGAGGCCACACUCCAGGCCAUGGAUGGGAGGCUGCAGAAGUGGAAAGGAGAGCCCCAGCCCUGAGGCCACCUUCAGCCCUGCCGCACACAUGGAGGCCUCAGCUGUGCCUCAUCACAGGGAUGGCGAUGGAGGGCCCAGCUGUAUGACUGGGCAUGUUCCAGGAAAGAGGGCAUUUAUUUGGGGGUUUCAGCAAUCUUUUCCCAUAGUGUCUGCACAGCUGUCUUGGGUUGGGGUCCUGUUCUGGGCCUUCCUCUACUCAUCUGUGAGUUGUUGUGGCCCCACUGCCUGGAACAAUAAAGGAUAGAUAACAGUCCAACCCCAGGCCUCCCUACCGUAGCCCUAUUGAGGCUCAUUAGCUUCACAAACUCUUCUCCUGUGACUUCGGGUGUUCCUUCUGAUUUGAUUGCUUUUGUUCCUAAUAAAGUUUUAAGUUAUUGGAACCCUAAA